UUCCUUGGAGCUGCAGAGCGUAAAGAUAUUUUGCCCUCUCAGCAAACUAAGCCACCUCACGAUUUGCAUAAUUUAUUACUAUUCUUUUAAGUUAUAAUAUAAUGGCAGAGAGAUCUGAACUUCCUUGCGGGUACCGUUUUGUUCCUACAGAUGAAGAACUUGUUAACUUUUAUCUUCGAAGAAAGGUGGAAAAACAACCACUACCUCGUGGCGUUGUAAGAACUCGCGACAUUUACAGUAAAAAUCCAUGGGAGAUCUUCGAUAAGAGUUGCAAUGGUUUCUUUUACGUGUUCACUACGUUGAGAAAGAAGCAGAAUAGCAGAACAAGAUUUGAUAGAACAGCUGGUUCAGGGACUUGGAAGAAUCGUUUUUCGAAAAGCUUUCCUGGUGAUGAUGGCAAAUCUUUUUGGUUCAAGAAAGAUUACGUUUUUGAACUCAAUAAAAAUCAAAGCUCUGCAGAUUCAUCUAUUGAUAAUGGACAUUGGAUUAUGCAAGAGUUUUCUCUCGAGGAUGAAGGGGUAAAGUCAAAUAGUUAUGUCCUCUGUAAAAUUAGCAAUAAAAAUGCAAGAGAUUCACAAAAGGAGAAAAAAGAAAUCGUUGAGCCAAAAAGACACUCGAAUGAAAGAAAAUUUUCAAGUGAUGACAAGGAAGAUCAAAACCCUAAAAGGAUGCGAAUUAACAGCCAUUGCUUAUUCCCUCCAUCAGAUGGAAAUGUAAAGCCUCAAACAUCAAUACCAGAUGCUGAUUCACUUGAAGCAGUACUUGGAAAAUUUUGGGUUCCAAAAGAAGAUAGCAACAAAAUAUUUAACUCAUCCAUGUCAUUAUUUUGA